AUGUUCCGCUUCAUGAGGGAUGGGGAGCCUGAGGAUCCCAUGUUCCUGAUGGACCCCUUUGCUAUUCACCGUCAGCAUAUGAACCGAAUGUUGUCCGGCGGCUUUGGGUACAGCCCCUUCCUCAGCAUUACAGAUGGCAACGUGCCAGGGACCAGGCCAGCCGGCCGCAGGGUGCAGGCUGGGGCUGUCUCUCCCUUUGGGAUGCUGGGAAUGUCGGGUGGCUUCAUGGACAUGUUUGGGAUGAUGAACGACAUGAUCGGAAACAUGGAACACAUGACUGCUGGGGGCAACUGCCAGACCUUCUCCUCCUCCACGGUCAUCUCCUACUCCAACACCGGCGACGGUGCCCCCAAGGUCUACCAGGAGACGUCGGAGAUGCGCUCGGCGCCGGGCGGGAUCCGGGAGACGCGGAGGACUGUGCGGGACUCAGACAGCGGACUAGAGCAGAUGUCCAUUGGACAUCACAUCCGAGAUCGGGCUCACAUCCUCCAGCGCUCCCGAAACCACCGCACAGGGGACCAGGAAGAGCGGCAGGACUACAUCAACCUGGAUGAAAGUGAGGCCGCAGCAUUCGAUGAUGAAUGGCGGAGAGAGACGUCCCGGUUCCGGCAGCAGCGCCCUCUGGAAUUUCGAAGGCAUGAGGCUGCAGGGGGUGGAGGCCGAAGGACCGAGGGGCCUCCCCGCCUGGCCAUACAGGCCCCUGAGGACUCCCCCUCCCGACAGUCCCGCCGCUAUGACUGGUGA